AUGGGAGAGUCAACACCUAUGAGAGGAGGAAAGCAUUUCUUCAGAGACUUUAUGAUUGGUGGUGUUUCAGCUGCAGUCUCAAAGACCGCUGUCGCCCCUAUUGAGAGAGUCAAGCUCUUGCUCCAAGUCCAAGACGCCUCAAAACAUAUUGCUUAAGAAGACAAAUACAAGGGCAUCUCUGAUUGCUUCUAAAGAGUUCACAGAGAGCAAGGUUUCGCCUCAUUCUGGAGAGGAAACUUGGCUAACGUUAUCAGAUACUUCCCAACUCAAGCCCUCAACUUCGCCUUCAAGGAUACCUACAAGAAGGUCUUCUGCCCAUUCAAUCCAAAGGUUUAACCAUUCAUGUUCUUCCUAGGAAAUAUGGCUUCUGGUGGUGCUGCUGGAGCUACUUCUCUCAUGUUUGUCUACCCUCUAGAUUUCGCUAGAACCAGAUUGGCUGCCGAUGUCGGUAAAGGCAAAAAGGGUGGUGAAAGAGAGUUCAACGGUCUCGUUGAUUGUCUUCAAAAGAUUUAUAAAUCUGAUGGUUCAAAAGGACUUUAUAGAGGAUUCGUUAUCUCAGUCGUUGGAAUUAUCGCUUACAGAGCCUCAUAUUUCGGUAUGUUCGAUACUGGUAAAGUCUUCCUCUUCGAAGACAUCAAGAAGGCUAACUUCUUCGCCAUGUGGGCCUUCGCUCAAGCCGUCACCGUCUCAGCUGGUAUUGCUUCAUAUCCCCUCGAUACCGUAAGAAGAAGACUUAUGAUGCAGUCAGGAAGAACUGGUGCUGAUGUUAUGUAUACUGGAACCAUGGAUUGUUUCAGAAAGAUUCUCAAGAACGAAGGUGGCAAAGCCUUCUUCAAGGGAUCCCUUUCAAAUGUUAUCAGAGGAACUGGUGGUGCUCUCGUGCUCGUCUUCUACGAUAAGAUCCAAAACUAUCUCGGAAUCUGA